CUGUUUACUAGUCUGCACUCUCCCUCUAUUCUCACUUUCUCUCUCUCUCUCUCGCUUCUUGACAACACAGAUCCAACGUUUCUCCUCUUCAAUGGCUACCACUGAUUUCCAGUUUCCCCCACGUUUCUUCAAAGUUUUCGUGUCUCAUUUCAGUUCAGAUUCCAUGGUGAUCCCAAUCUCCUACUACGAUCAACUUCCACGUGUUUUGCCGAAAAAGGUGAUUCUCCAAGGACCUGGUGGAGGCUCUUGGAACGUAGCCACCAAGAUAAGGGGAGAGGAAGUGCAUUUAGCACAAGGCUGGUCCAAAUUCGUCGAGGAUAACACUCUUAACGACGGAGACUUUUUGACCUUCAUUUAUAAUGGAGACCGCAUAUUCGAGGUCAGUAUCUACCGCAGCGAUGGAUGUAAAGAGACUUGCGAAGUCACUGAAGUGGAAGACGAAAAAGUAGACAGUGUUUGUUCUCUGAGCAGUGACGACACAGACACUUGUCCUAAACCUGAGAUGAAUAAUACAAUCCCGAAAGGCAGAGACAAGGGAAAGUCAAAAGUGCAAGUUGUGGAGGAUUCUGAUGAACAUGAGAAUAGUGUUUAUUCUGAAAGCAGCGACGAAACAAAAACAGACUCUGACACUGACUCUGAGUUUAAGAUAGCCAAGAAGACAACCCCCAAACGCAUGAACAAAGGAAAGAAGAAAAAGGAAGCUGUGGAGGAGUCUUUUGAUGAAGACGGUGACGGUGACAGUGACAGUGAUUAUGUUGAAGCGUUUGGUCAACUGGAUGUUGAAGAGAAAUCCGACAGUGAGGACAGUUCUUAUGCUCCAGAGAACGAAGACACUGCAGCCACCACUUGUGUCAAACCAAAGGUGCCAAAUCUGAAGAGGAAAGAGGCGGCAAAAAAGAGGAAGAAAGUAGAGCCUAAGAUCAAAAACCCUGAGACCUAUCUUGAUGAUCCAAAGAAUAUACACUUCGAGACAAACGUGAAGAAUAGGUUAUAUGAGCUAUUGGUUCAUGCACAAUUGGUGAAAGACUACUGCCUGACGUUUGGAGACCACGUCGACUACAUCGACAGAUUCGGGAAACUUAGAGCCAAAACAGCAAAAUGGAAGGAUCAACGUGUGUGUAUCAAAAGAUGGAUGCGCAUAUGCAAGAGGAACGAGCUGAAGAAAGAAGACCGCAUCUUGUGUGAGCUCUUGCGCAGGGGUUCUUUCGUUUACGCGAUCAAACUCCAUGUGAUCCGCGGGGAAAAUCUGUAGACACCAUUAGUAUGAGUAGAGAGAGAGAGAGAGAGAGAGAGAGAGAGAGAGAGAGAGAGAGAGAGAGAGAGAGAGAGAGAGAGAUUAAGUUACUCCUUAUGAUUUUAUCUUGUUGUGGUCAAGCAAACAUCGUUCUGAACUAAACUUAAGAGUUUCAUUAUUGUCUACAUCAGAUUGUUAACUGUUUUCUUGUUC